AUGAGUUUACUCAAUCUGGAAGAACAACUCGUAUUCUACGGACAAUAUCAUCGUAAUAAGAUUAAUGUCAUAAUUCACAUUGUGUGUGUUCCACUUAUUUUUUGGAGUUCUUUGGUUUGGGCAGCCAACACAGGACCUUUAGUAUCAUAUGAGUCAGAUUCUUUAUGGAGAACGAUACCGAUUGAACCAAAUUUAGGAUUCUUUUUAAUAUAUUCUCCAUUACUGCUAUAUAUGCUAUUUCAUGCUACGAAUUUUUCAAAAAUAUUUCCAGACCACAACACACUUGCCUCAAUAGUUCAUAUUACUUCAUGGGUUCUUCAAUUUAUUGGACAUGGAUUUGCUGAGAAAAGAAGCCCUGCAUUAAAAGAUAAUAUAAUUCAAGCGGUUUUACUUGCACCGUUAUUUGUUUGGCUAGAAGUUCUUUUUGCAAUAGGAUAUCGUACAGUACUCCAAAAAAGAAUUAAAAUAGGUGUUGAAGCAGCGAUCAAAAGAUAUAACGAGAAUAGAUGA